AUAUUUUCGUUGUUUAUUCCCUAUUUGAUAUUAUUAUUGUCAUUUUAGUUCUGACAUGUCUUCAUUGUAACUUUCACAUCGUAUCGUCCUGUAAUCGGUUUCGAAGACCCCUUAACUGGGAUUAUCAAUAUUAUUAAAUAUCGUUGUAUACAAAAGACAAGUGCGCAUGUUUCAAUGAAAUGUAGCACACCGCCGCCUCCUUCCUUUAACUGGUGUCGAGGACCAUGUCCGAAGAUAGUUGCCCUCACCCAAGCGGCCAAUUAAACAGACGAGACAGACUCGAAUUUGAAAUCAAGAAGCAAUGGGAUGGGACUCCUCUUACCAAAGCAGACACAGUAAAGUUAUAUAUUGAGGGAGUUGACAAAUGGUUAAGACUCGAAGUUGAGGCCCCUUUUUACAAGGAUCCCGCUCCCCCAAAGGGAAAAUACGGACAAGCAUAUCCUGAACUGUAUAACUACGAAGUGGUUGAGGCCUUCUUUCUGAAUGACACAAACCAGUACUUGGAAGUGGAGUUGGCACCACGUGGAGAACAUCUCGUGUUGAUGCUGAACGGACGCAGAAAUGCUGUUGUGCAACAACUUCCACUGUACAACAUAGCCGAAGUCAAAGAUGGUUUUUGGAGAGGUAUAGCAUAUAUUGACAAUGAGUAUCUACCAGAGAAUGUUACCAAAUUUAAUGCUUUUGCAAUUCAUGGAAGCAAAGACUCUCGAAUCUACAGUGCCCUGUUCCCAGCUCCGAAGGGACAAUUUGAAUAUCCAGAUUUUCAUCGUCUUGAAUACUUCCAGGAAGUUUCCUUCGAUCACAUGCCACCUUUCAACAGAUCAACUGAAAGAAAUUCCAAGUUGUGGAGCAUGUAUACGCCAAGACAAUAAACGGACAUCUUUCUGCCAUAAGAAUUUUGGGAAAUAAAGCGAUUCAUUUAUUAACCUAAUUGCUUAAUCUACGCACGAUUUUUAUUCGUUUCAAAAUUAACGAAUACUGAUGCGAUAUUAUUUUGGCCAAUAGCCAGGUGAUUUCAAAUUUAAUUGCAGAAAUAAAAUAGUCUUGUAGCACUGGGUAUAGAGAUUAACAAUGGGAUAAGAUCAUUUCUAACCACCACUCCUCUGUUUCUGUCUCUUUUCUCCCUCCUUCUCGUUACCUCUUUCUCUCACCUUCUUUUGUUCUCUCUCUCUCUCUCUCUCUCUCUCUCUCUCUCUCUCUCUAUCUAUCUAUCUAUCUAUCUCUCUAUCUCUCUCGCUCGAUCCUCCUUUCCGCCAAUAAGACGCAGCCCUAGGAAUCCCAAAACGAUCAUGUAUACAUACAUACACACGAGCAAGCACAUAUAAAUGCAAAACAAGGCUGGAAAAAAUAGUACUCGAAUACCAAAGGUAGAGUAACAUGCUUUUACUAAAGCCGAAGAAAUUAUUUACAAACUGUUACAUAGAGUUUAGCAUUACCGCAGAAAAUACAUACAUACAUAUAUAUAUAUAUAUAUAUAUAUAUGGGAGAAUAUACAAAUAAUAACAACAGACGAGGACAGGUGGUGUAAAUAACAAAAGGAUAGAUUAGUAUGACGCUCGGGAAUACGGAAAGUCUUUGACGUUUCGAGCUACGCUCUUCAACAGAAAGAAUACGGAGACAAGGAGAAAAACACGGAGAAAAAAAAUUGAAUAGUGUUCAGUCAACGGCCAAUCAUAAUAAUGGCCGAUCAUAACAAUGGCUGACCGGAAGUUAUAUAUAUAUAUAUAUAUAUAUAUAUAUAUAUAUAUAUAUAUACAUAUGUAUGAAUGUAUCGGCGAUGCCCUAGCAUGGCCAUAGCCUACGAGCUGAAACUAGUUGAAGAAUAUGCAAACUAGUCUGUAUUAUCACAAUUGUCUGGUGAACGGCCGCAUGAAACUCUAAACGACAGUUUGUAAAGACUUUUUUCGACUUUAAUAAAAUCGUAUGUAUGUACGCAGAGAGGAGAGAGAGCGAGAGAUUGGAAGAUUCAUAGACAGAUAAGUAGAUAGAUAUGGAUAGAUAUAUUCGUGUAUGUGUGUGUAUGUAUGUUUGUGUGUAUGUGUGAAUAAGGUGUAUGUGUGUUGGUAGAGAUGGGUGGAUGAACAGAUGUUCAGAAACUGAGAUAUAUCGGUGAAAAGUGAACGUACGAACAACAAAUAAAGACAGCCUAGCUGUUAACGGAUAUGGAGACGUAUUUACGUAUAGGAAUAUUGACAGACGAGACUAAGAUAAAAGAAAAUAGAAGAUUCAUACACAUUUAAGUAAUACAAUCAAGCUAAAUGCUGAAAUACAUAGUUAAAUACCAUUUAUAUAGAUAUACAUACAGCACACAUAACCACAAUACGCAUAUAUUAAAGUUGUAUUAGUUUUAUAUGUUAGUAGAUUGUAGAAGUUAAUUAAAUCAUUAUAAACGAAUUAAUUAAAAAAUAUAUUCUUA